AUGUUCGCAUCACAAUUCAGUCUGUCUGUGCCAACAAACGAAGAUUUGUAUGUUUCGGAAUUGGCCAGAGAAACGCCUGCACUAGCCGAAACCUUCAACGAUAUGAUUUUCAAGCAACAUGACUUUCAACAACCUGUAACUAUGCAUGCCGAAGCGGUGAUCGGACAAUUUUCACUUCAGUCAAUACCGGAUGAAAAGAUGGAGUGCUCGUUGGCUGGAUACUGGUGUCCAGAAGCAAAUGUUAGCAAUUACCAAUUUUAUUUUCAGGGAUUUUUGCUUUGCAGCACAAAGGUUUUUAUGUUUCCUACACGUCGUGCAAGUGCAGAAGAGGAUAUUGCCGAGAAAUCGUCCAUGUUUGUUUGUGUAUGUAUUGUAAAUACAACUGUGUGGGGCAUCAGAGUAAAGGGCUCAUAA